AUGAUGCCCACUCGAUCAGCUACAAAACGUAAACGUCUCAACGAUACAACAACAACGAGCAAGAGAUUUAAAACUUCGCGCUCAACAUCGAACAAACGAUCACAAUCCAAAUCUCAGUUAGUUACACAUUCUUCAAUUCCUGUAAAUGAAAAUAUCUAUAUGGAUAAUGACGAGUCCUUUGAGAAGGACUCGGUAAUUAACUGUCCAGAUAAAUCUCCACACGAUCGUACAUCUACUCCAACCAAGAUGGUUGUUUCUAACUCGAAGGAAAUAAAUAUUGAAAAAGGUCCACUUAAUUCAACAACCAUUCCUAAAGAUUCAGUUACUACGCAAAAUCAACUCGAUACAGAAGCUGUAUAUAAACAACUUGAAGAUGUUAUUUCAAGCUGUACUCCGAUUGUAGGACGAAUUUCAAGCACCAACAGUCGAAAAAUGUCUUCAAUUAUUAAUAAUGAUGGUUCAGUUGUACUCGAUGCAAAGGAUGAUGAAAAUGUUCCACCACCAUCAUCAUCACACGCUACUCCAGUAACUAAUCGAACUGAUCGUUGUCAUAGCUCUCAAGUGAAUCGGUCGAAACCUUUUGCUGAUCAAUAUUGUUCACCAUCGACGAUCACACGAACACCAGUGAAUCAGUGGGUGACUAAUACCUUCUACUAUCCAUUUAUGAAUAUUCCUCUAAUAUUUUCUAGUAAUCGAUCAUCUUCUAAUCAUGUAAUUUCAUCUAAUUAUACGGCCGGAAGUGGCAUCCGAUAUUCAGGUAAAAAUGGAUUAACGACCGUCAAUCGAGUUUUACAAGGAACACCAAAAAACAUUGUACGAUGCUCAGUUAAUGCUCAAUCAGGAUCGGCUCAAGGGGGAACUACCGGUCAUUCUACUAUUCCAUCUUCAUCUACAAAUAUGACAUUAUUACAAUCAAUACCUGAAUAUCGAGCUUUAAAAAAAGAAUUAGAUCGAGAACGACAACGAUGUAGUACAUGGUCUGAUGAUUAUAAAAAACUUUCUGCAGAAUUUGCAGAUUAUCGAGCUUCUUCAUUUCCUCGUCCCUCGGUCGAUGGUUUAAAUUUUCUGCUGCAAUUAGUAGAAAACUUAAGUGUUUCAACUACCUCAAUCGAUUCACGUACUCAUGAAGAGCUUGCUGAAGCCAUAGGGUUAACUGAAGAACGAUUGUUGGAAUGCUCGCAUCCAAAUCCUCAACGAGCUGCUUUAAUGGUGUUUUCUCGAUUAUAUCCGUCAUAUCGCGAUCGUGCUGAUUUAAUUGGGAUUAAAGAAUUUGGAAAAAAGAAAUCGAAAUUAGUAGACGACAUUUUCGUAUUUGCUCGUCGGUGCAAUCCUACAGUGAUUUAUAGUAUGGAGAAGAUGCGUGAAGCUAUUGCUUCGUCGAUCCGCCAAGCUAAACAUCAACUCGUUAGGCUCGAAAAUAUGGAUUUACAAUUAGCAGCAAUUGAUAAUCAUAAUUUUGGUGAUGGAGAUGUUGAGAAUGAAUUUAAUAAUAAUGAUUUCGACGAUCGAAUGGAUGAAUAA